AUGAGUGGGUAUAAGGGCUUCAGGGGUUCAGCCCUUGGUAGCCUUGUGUUUCUCCUGUUUUGCAUCUUGGUGCAAGUACUUGCACAGGACUGCAGCGCCUCGAAUCCUUGCGCUACAGGAUGCUGCUCGAAACAUGGCUAUUGUGGAACCGGGGAAGAUUAUUGUGGAGCGGACUGUGUUGCCAACUGUGACUAUGAAUCCAAGGCACAGUGCAGUGCAACUAAGCCCUGUGCAGAGGGCUGUUGCUCCAAAUUCGGCAUCUGCGGUUAUGGCCCCGACUACUGCAGUAAGGACAACUGUGUUUCUUCUUGUGGACAACUGUCCGAGUGUGACCCUGGAGACUGGGGAUCAGAGUUCGCAAACUCUACAACCUGCCCCUUAAAUGUUUGCUGUAGCAAAUAUGGUUUCUGUGGAACGACCGAGGAGUUCUGCGGCGAGAAAAAGGUCAAGCGACCAUCUUGCGGUACCAGUGGGAAGACCGGAAAGCUCCAACGCGUUGUGGGCUACUAUGAGGGCUGGGCCUUCAAGAGGGUCUGCCAGGCCUUCUGGCCGGAGCAGAUCCCCAGCGGAGUGUAUACACACCUCAACUAUGCUUUCGCAACAAUCGAUCCGGACACCUUCGAGGUUCUCCCGCCUACCGCCUUGGAGGCGGGUAUGAUGAAAAGAUUGACCUCGUUGAAGCAGGACGACGCCGGUCUCCGUGUGAACAUCGCAAUCGGCGGGUGGAGCUUCAACGAUCCAGGUGCAACAGCCUCCAUUUUCACCGAGCUUGCGGCUUCGGAGGCGAACCAGCGGAAGUUUUUCAAGUCUUUGACCUCUUUUCUGGCCACCUACGACUUCGAUGGGGUGGAUAUCGACUGGGAGUAUCCGGUCGACAGCGAUCGUGGUGGACUGGAGGCAGACUUCAAGAACUUUCCUCGCUUCAUGUCGAACUUGAAAAGUGCAUUGAAGGGAACCGGUGGCCGUGAUGAACUGAGUCUGACGCUUCCCACAUCCUACUGGUAUCUCAGACACUUCGAUAUCAAGUCUCUCGCCAAGAGCGUGGAUUACUUCAACUACAUGUCCUACGAUCUCCAUGGCACUUGGGACAGAGGGAACAAAUGGACUGGAGACUUUCUCGAUGCGCAUACCAAUUUGACCGAGCUCACCGAGAGCUUGGACCUACUGUGGCGGAACGACAUAUCUCCGGACAAAGUGGUCAUGGGGAUCGCCUUCUACUCUCGAGCGUUUACCGUGGCGGACACUAACUGCAUGACUCCGGGAUGUCGGUUUGCUUCUGGGUCGGAUGCAGGCCCCUGCAGCGCCCAAACAGGAAUUCUGCUGAAUAGUGAGCUCGACGACAUAAGGGCUAACAAGAGUCUGGCGCCGACCUUGGACAAAGAGGCCGCGGUCCAGAUUGUCACAUGGGAUAAUCAAUGGGCAACCUACGAUGAUGAAACCACCUUCAAGUUGCGCACCGAGUUCGCCAAGAAGACCUGCCUAGGCGGCGUCAUGGUGUGGGCUGUCAGCCAUGACACCUACGACGGGUCUUAUUCGCGUGCUCUGGCCGGGAUCUCCCCGCGGAGCAAUCAAUUCAAAGCACUUACUGUCUCCAGCGACGGGCUGACCGUCACCGAAGAUGAGAGAGUCAGGCAAUGCAAAUGGACCAACUGCGGUCAGACCUGUCCAGACGACUACGUCGCCGUCUCACGCUCAGACCCGGGAUACAGAAAAGGCGAGCUGAUGAUGGAUUCGAUCGACUGCCCCAAGGGGUCGGCCCACACCCUAUGCUGCCCCAAGGAGGAAACGCCAAAAUGUGGGUGGUAUACUCAUAACAACGGCAACUGCAAGUCAGACUGUCCCUCGGGCUACUUUGAGAUUGGGUCCAUUUCACAGGGGCUGUGCCAUGAAAGUUAUGAAGCAGCGUGCUGCGAGUCCAACAUGCCGUCCACCAAACUCUAUAACACGGUCCAGUGGUCUACUUACCCGAAGUGUGAUGACGGAGAGUGCCCAGUGGUCGAUGACAAGAAAUCGGACAUCCUGGCCCUGGCCACCACCGGAAGUGGCGAUGCCCAGUGCUACUUCCGAACCUUGGAGACCUACUAUGGCUACGGACCAGUGAGUGCGACCUUGCAGGAGCGAAAGCUGUGCUACGAUUCGAGCCAAGACAAGAUGGCGUGGGAGGACUGCGAUUGGUACGACUCGGUGGACAGCCCGCCCAAGGGGAAGCCCAAGGAUUACUGCGUCAAUUCUUGUCCUGCAGAUACGGUGCGACUGGCAACAUACAAGCUCGAUGAGAACUGCAAUGGCGGAACUCGUGCAUUCUGUUGCAACGACCAAUACUACGUCUCCAAAAGCCGCACGAACCCUGAGAUUGCGGAUUUCCGCACCGCCCUGAACAACUAUCUAGUCGAUGGGUCGUGCUCGCUGGGCACGGGGGCAAGUUUGGGUCGCAGAGACAUGACCAAGGAGGAUUAUCUGACGUACCUGACUCCGCUGACUUGGAAGCUGAUCAAGAUGCAGGCGGAUGCCCUAAAUGCCGAGGAAAAGGUCCUGGCGGCCGCCUGGGAUACUUGGGCCAAGGCCAACAAGUGGGCUGGGCUCGUACUGAGCACAUUGAGACCAUAUGCGCAGCAAUCACGACUGGCCAAGGAUAUGUCUGGGGAGUAUCUUGCGCAAAGCAUCCUCUGCCGGCCCCAGGACUGGAGUGAUCUGGCACAGAAGAAGCCCCUUUCAGCGUGCUUUGGUGAUCCUUGUGAUGAAGACGCUGAUCCCGAGUUAUGCCAAGCUGCCGAUAUGGACGCCCAAUUUGUCGAGGACGAUGAGGAAGAGGAAGAAGCGGGAAUCGUGGAUAAACGAUCCCGCAGUGGUCUGGUGAAACGGAGUGAUCCCAAAAAGUUCAAGGUCUGGUGUCGCGCGACCAUGCAAUGGUUCGAUGGUCUGUCAAUCUCGGCUCCAGGGUAUCCCCAGGCGGGGGCCUGGACGCCGACCGACACGCCAUUCCAGGAGGCCCGGACGUAUCAGGACCCAAAUGACUGCGCUAAUCCUCUGCUAGAUCCAAUACAGAAGACUGGCGACCAUCAUGACACGGAGCACGUACUUGAGCUUCAAGUAAUUCCCAAGUUCUUCCAGGAUUUCACCUUUGGACGGUUAGUCUCGGGUCAACAGCCCACGUUCAACCCUGCCGAUUGCAACUUGUUCCUUCCUACAGCUCUUGGAGGUAUGGAUAUCCUGCAUCAACAGCUCUUAGAUCAGGUUGAGCUGUACCAUGGUGACUACUACCGUCCUUUACUCGCCAGAAGACCACAAUUCCGAAUCAUGUCGGCCCUCGGCACCUCCAAGAACAAGGCCAACUUCUAUCUCCUGGAACGCAAGGUCAACGGGAUGAAAAUGAGGGUCUUCAGAAACGUCGCCUUGGUGGAAAGCGGGAAGUGGAAGAAUUUCGUGGAUGACACCACCCAACCGGGGGUUGCCCUGCAAGAGCUCAAGGCAGCGAUUGCGGUGUGGGAUUAUCUCAACGACGCCCAGGUAAAGCAGUCGUUUUUUGCCGACGCCUGGGAUGAAUGGUGGUAUGAUUAUAUCGACUAUCAGGUGGAUCGUAGUUUCACUUGGAUCACCAAGGGAAUUGCAGACAUGCGUCGCGUGUGGAACAAUGAGCCCGUCACCAAUCCGCUCAAACUGCAGGUCCUCAGUGACGUGAACCAAUUGGAGGGAUGGGCGGACGCCAUUGUGAUCUAUGGUCGUCAUGUUUUUACCACAUAA